AUGAGCCAAUCAGCGAUCGGCCACACAUUUCACAAAUCUGAUCCGUGUCAGUCUCCAACGGCAGCAACAGCAGCGGCGAGGGCGCCUCCGAUUCUGGGCGCUUCCCGACACCACAGUCCGGUACAGUCCGACCACUGUACCGGCCUGACGUGGCCCUACUCGAGUCUCCAGCCGCUCCGACUCGAAGGAAGCAGCAACGCCUGGAGGCUCCAGUCUCAGGUCGUCCAGACAAGCAGCACGGGCGCAACAGUCGACGAAUCUGGACUGUCGAAGCCCGGCGAUGGCCUCCACGUACGUGAACUGCGACUCCGAUCACCUGUGGCCCUCACAGUCAUGAUAGUUUUUCUGCUCGACUCGAGAUCCUUUUUCGACUCCUGA